AUGGCAGGCUCGAUUGUGCCAGAGCCCUUAAACCCUCACCGGGGCUUCAAUUGGGUGUACCUGGUCGAGCUCUUGAUUUGUGGCAUACUGACCAUCUUCUUUCUUUUUUACUUUAACCGCCUGUUCGCGACCCUUGUGUCCUACGCUAUCCGAGCCUACACAUGGCGCGCCUACCGCACAUACAUCGAUAUACAAGCGCUCCAGAUCUCGCUCCUUGGUGGCCGCAUCUUCUUCAAAGAUGUUCGCUAUCAUGGCCACAACGAGACCAUCCUCAUACAUAAUGGAUACAUUACAUGGAACUACUGGCUACGUCGUGUGAGAGAUGCUGAGGUGUUUUCGACCGACCGGCCUCCGCCCUUGGACACGACCACGAGCGAUGGAGCAUCGAGCAGUGCCCCUUCGGGAAGCCGCAGUAGGAAUGUGGACAAGGCUGAAAAAGGAGGCAAGAGUACGCAGAAACGGCUCCCAUGUCGCGUGUCGGUCAAGAUCUCGGGGGUUGAGGCAUUCUUGUACAAUCGCACACCAGCCUACGAUGGCAUUAUCGAUGCUAUUCGAAACAAAGCCAAUAAUGCGAACACGGAAGAUGGUGCACCGUUGGAUCAAGAAAACACUCGCACCGGGAACAAUGUCUUGUUUAGAACCUCGACAGAGAUGUCGGAAGAUCAAAGUCAGCAAAUGAAUAAGCUGAGGAAAGCUCCGGCCAAAGAAGAGGGAAUAUCUCGUCCCGGCACCGACACUACCAACGAUGGCAAAACUGAUGGUCUACCUGCGUUCUUGAAGAUACUUCCCGUCUAUGUAGAAUGUAAUAAAGGCGCCAUUGUCAUUGGUAACGAGCAUACCAUGUCCGUCAUCACAGCUCAAUUCGAAAAAGUAACCGGCGAUUUCGAUGCCGCGCCAAGCGGGCCCCUGGACAUCUAUCAACAGGUCUUCAACUUCCAAGUCACUCACCCGGUAGUGCACAUAAAGCCCAACCCCGACUACAAGAGCCCUCAACUCGACGCUGCUAGACGUUUGAAGCAGGAAGAACAGCAGGGUGUGUUGGAGCAAGAAGAAAUGGACGAAAAGCUCAAGCAGCGAGGAUUUCGCUUUCCGCGCAUCCCCAAACUGUUUUCAAAGUCGACCGACUCCAUUCACACCCAUCAUGGUGGAACGACGGGCAGAAGAGCAAGCCUAUUUGCGCCACAAUGGCAUUUCCCGGGGCAAGAGAAAUGGAAGGGUCUUUCUCGCUACAUGGAUGACAAUCAGAUCGAUGGGCAUGGAGAAUGGGACAGUGUUGAAUAUGCGAAAACUUCUCUCAUUGCGGAUUGUCCGUGUGUAAAUGUGAGCUUCUACUGGGAUGUUGCUGGACGUGUGCCCGCGCUUCUAGACAACAGCAUGUACACUGAAGCCGCGCAAGCUGGGGAUAUCAAUGGCAACACUCCACCGGAGUAUGGUGUGGACAUACAAGUCUACGGCGGUGUUAUCAAUUACGGACCUUGGACUGACCGGCAUCGAGGCAUCUUUCAAUCGUUCUUCUUUCCCGGCGCUCACGUUGAUGCCGAACCAGCUUCAUCCCUCAAACCGGGCGAUACGAGAAUGCUUACUGUUUUCAAACUCUACCUCAGCAUCGAGGACGAGACUGUUCUGCGCAUUCCUAUUCGUGAGCCGUCGAAGGAUUGGAAGUGGAAAGGGAAGGCCAAGACACUCGGAGGUCAAGAUAAGAACGCUUCGGACAAGUCUAAAGGGCGAACAAGAUCACGCAGGAAGCAUGGCAGAACCAAACAACGAGAUGCAGCGGCUUCUGGACAAAACAUGCGCCCUUUUGGCUGGAUCGAUGUCAAGGUCGCAGGCAACUCUUCCGUCAAUUAUGUAAUGGACAUGGUUGCAUCCCCACAAGGCUUCAACAAUAAACUAGACGUCGACAUUGCCAGCACAGAAAUCUCAUCUAGCGUCAAUCAUGGUCUUCUGUGGCGCUCAGGGGCGAUUGGGCUGGACUGCGACUUAUCUAACCCCAUCAGUUGGAAUAGCUUGAGGAAAUGGAUGUUCAAUAUUUCGUGUCGAGAUCUGGAGCUCUUCUUACUAAGAGACCAUUUGUUCCUGCUGACUGACCUCGUUGCUGAUUGGGGCUCCGGUCCGCCGGCCAACUACUUCACAUUUGUCCCUUUUCAAUACCUACUGAAUGUGGAUUUCACCGACUUCAAAAUCUAUUUGAACACCAACGACUCGAACAUCAUCAAUAAUCCGUCGGAGCUCGAUGAGAACAGCUUCAUCAAGCUCUUCGGUCAACGGCUUCACGGAGACGUCACGAUCCCACUAGACAAGUUCAGACCAUCACAAAACGAGAUACACUUCGACGUGAAAGGUGAACAUCUAGGCCUCGAGGUCUGCAUGCCACCCAGGAAUACGCUACAUACUUGGGUGCGCUCCAGAGAUGUUGCACAACUAGGAGGUCUGACUCUGAGAGGAAGCCAUACGCUCAUGACUGAAACUUCGACUAUGAACACCGACAGGCUUUUCAUGGACAUUCGAGGAGACAGACUACACCUCGAGCUAUAUGGGUGGCUCGUGCAUCACUUUAUGAAGAUUAAGGAGAACUACUUCGGUGAUGACCUUCAUUUCAGAACCUUGGAAGAGUUCCAAGGUCUGCAGAGUCACAGUUUGGCAAUGGAUACGACUACUCCAAACGGUCAGCCACCAAAAAUUUCCAACGAUCUGGAUGUCAUCCUUUCCAUAUCAGCUGAAAAUGCGAGCGUACUUCUGCCUGCGAAUCUUUACGCGGCUGACGCCGGCCUUCGAGCAGAUCUACCUUUUGCACACUGUGACUUGAGGUUCACAAACUACUACAUGGAUCUCCUGGUAGAUUUCAGUCCAAUCAGUCUCUCAGUUGGCAGCGAUGUGUCGAGCCCGGGCCUUCCUCACGAUGUUGGUGGGCAAACUGAAGUGUUCAUUGAUUCAGUUACUAUUGCUGGCCAUCGACUAUUUGGGCUUCCGCCUUCCGAGCCAACCUACGUCUGCAUUUGGGAUUUCGACGUCGGGACGGUUUCUGGGGAAUGUACGUCUGACUUCUUGUCCAAGGCUGCUACCUCCAUCAAAUGUUUCGCAUUCAGUCUAGACGACGACGAAAACACUCUGCCAAUCACUGAUCCUUUGGUCAUACACGAUUCGACUUUCCUUCGCCUGCGGACGCGAGAUAUACGCUUAUGGCUCCACGUCGAUAAACAGGUUGUUCUUGUUGGCACGGGACCUGUCAAGCUAGACUUCAACGAUCUCGCUGGAGACACAUUCUCUCGUCGUCUAAACGCUUGGAUUCCCAACCUUCGCCUAAGUGCCAUUGACGAACGAGCUGCAUUGCGAUAUGGAAGUCGGAGCAGAGAUACUGAGCAUGUCAAAGCUCAAGCUUUUCUUGAGACAACUGUGUCUUUCACCAUGUUCAAUCGCAAACUAGACUUCAGUGAGGAACGAAAAAAGCAACAUACUCACAUGCUUGAACAUGACCAGCGAACGAACCGCGCCCAAUUCAUGUACAUGGAGCAUGCCACAAACCAACUGCCUGCCAACCAAGAAGUUCGGCCACCUGCAAUGCAAUUCCCUGAGAUACCACAACCGAUAUUCUUGAACCAGCCAGGUGGUUCUGCAUCCGAUGCGUCAUCGGGGUACUCAUCUGGAUCCGCGUCUUCCCUGCGGCGAAGUAUGCGCGCUCGAUCCCUCGCUUCCUCGUCAAGCGGCUCGUUUGUCAAUAGUAUACGUUCUGCUCGCCAACAUCGGGACGGGACCGUCACACAAUCAUCUAGCAGAAGCCGGACGCUGCUCGGCUCUCCCAGGAGGGCAAACAGUCCUAACGGCCAUCGCGCCCGCCAGUCUGAGAAGGACAGGAUACCUGGCGGUCUGCCAUCAUCGGUGGCGCUAUCGAGUCCGCUUGCCGCUCCUACCUCCAGCUUGGAUCUCAUCGACAUGGACGUGUCCGAAGUUCCCUCGUUCCCGGACCUUCCACCCCGGCCUCGAGUGAACAGAGAUGAUGCGAUCCAGUUCAAUGACGUCUCUACAAAGCAUUUUGACGAGAGCUUCGAGCACACCAGUCUCAUUAUUGAGACAGAACCUGGUAUACGCCUUUACUGUACUCCGGAUUUUGUGCGAUGUAUCUCAGGCCUGAUCAGCACUCUCCAACCGCGUGAACCACAAGACCUGUUGGAUGAUUUCCAGAUAAACGCCAUGACAGCAAUUUUAGAUCGACAACAGCGCCGCGAGGGCAAGGGUAAGUCUAUAGAGUUCAGCGUACGUGUACCCUGGAUGCAUCUCCGCUUUCAGAAUGUUUUCGGUCCCCAUAUGGGCGCGCAAGUGGGCAUAGAUCAGUAUGACGUGAUCCUGAAUCGGCUACACGUUGCUGUAAGAGAUAAGAAGCUUGUUGGGGAGAGGACCGGCGAAAGCUCGAUCUCAGCACAUACCACUUUGGGGUCUCUAGGAAUAUCCGUUACUGAAAGAAAGCUAGACGGGCCUGGCGACGAUGUCGCAGUCCAGGCUGAAAUCAAUGAUCUGCUUGUGUGGAUGCUACACAACAAGGAGACCCAUGUCCACGUGAAUUCGAAAGCUUUCGAGGUCGCCACUGCUAGCCGGAAGAUCGAUUACAUGGCUUCACUCAUCCAUCGAAGCACAAUGCUGGGCGACGAACUAGCGAAUAGGUUUGUGUCCAUCAAGGACACGCAACAGAAUCGCCUGCGGUAUCUUGCCCUACGUCUUACGACCGCACAAGAACAGUUUCAGGACCCAGCCUUCCUGACCAAGGCAACGUUUGCGCUUCGUGCGGUCAGGGACCAUUUGCGCAGUCACGACUCUUGGAAGAUCAUCUCCAGAUUUCGAUACAUAUGGCAGACCUUGUCUGAUCACGAGAAACGACGAAUCCGUGACCACUGCACCGUCAACUCUGUCAGGUGCCCAGAGGACGCUGAGGAAAGAAUCGUUACGAUGUGGGACCAAUGGCGCACCUGGGACCUAGCUCAUGUGGAAAAGAGUCUCGCCAUGAGAAUGCUGUUCGGGAUCACUACUAUGGAACAACCAGAGGAGGUACGCCCGUCUCCGGUCUACGUUGAUGUCCGAUCUGCUGGCAUCAAAGUCAUACUCGAUCCAGGCGCAACACAAAGCGAAGUGGCACUCCGGAUCCUUGCCAUCAGUGUUGCAUUGAUUCCGCCUCCCGAACCAGCGGGCCUCAUGUUGGUGGGCUCCGAGAUUCAGAAACGUAGUACCAUCGUGCAGAUCAACUCUAGGGAGACCGCCGUUCGUGUUCAUUGGGAGAUCUGCGAGCUGAUGGACGUCCUCAUCAACCUGUUCGAAGAGGAGAAUCUUAGACGGUCCAAAUCCGUACAGUCUCAGUCUUCCUGUCCACCUACUCAAAAGAACAGGCAGGUCGAGAAUAGCCUGCAGUUUGUGUACGUCACAGAGAAAGCGACAAUUGCACUCGACACGAUCAACCUGCGCAACAUGCUGAUUGGUCGGCGAUUCCGAUUAUCCGUGGUAAACGAAGACUGCCGCCCUUCAAAGCAAGGCAUCACCACAACAGUCAUUGUGCAUCUGGAAGAGGCUGUCAUGGAAUUGCUGUCUCGAUCCCGUCUGCUACUAAGAUCACAGUUCGAUUCGCCGAGCGUUUACUUUGCGCAUCAUCGGUUUACCGAACGCGACUCUAUACCAGACGAAAUUAAGGUUGCUGGCGCCAGCAAGAAAAUCGAAGUACGGCUUGAAGAGAACGUGCUUGGCCUUCUCGAAGUUGCCGAUUCGGUACUCCGCGAUGAAGUUGCCUACUUCCACAAGCAAGCAAUGCUCGUCAAGCGGUCGUUAAGACCAAAGUUCGAACAGACUGACCGCCCGAAGGUGACACAAUUACCGAACAUUAGUCUUGCUUUGCUCAUGGAUAGAUAUGCUAUCCACCUAGCUUUGCUCGAGUCGCUUAGUUGGUCAAUCACUGGGAAUGUCGGUCGCGUCUCUGUCGGACCGUCUAUGGGCGAGAACGUGACUCUUCGUAUAUACUACGAUUUGGCCGUGUGCCACCAUCGGAUGUUUAGCACGACCGCAAACGCCUCCAACCUUAUCAGCUCGUUAGAAUUCCCGCCAGUAAAUGGUCGUUUAGCAGUCACGAACACGGAAGCACAGACAAAGAUAUCUGCUACAGGCAUCAUCGAGACUAUCCAACUUCAGGCCGCUGAAGUGCAAGCUCUAGUAGCGACGAUCAACAAGCCGGAGAUAUCAAAUGUUGUGCGAGCUGUUAGUGAGGAUAUCAACGUGCUCACUACACGAUUUCGGGAGAUCAUACCCCAAACGAAUCAUGCACCCGUCGCCAAGACCCCCGACUCGUCCAGGGAAAUAGUUUUCGGCGUUGAGAUGACGUUAUCGGGUAUCAGCGUGCUUGCAAGCGCUCCAGGGCAGUACCCAGACUCACCCAUGGCAAACCUCGCAGUUCGCCUGUCUUCGAUUCAACUCCGAGCAACCAACAUCGGCCGUGAUUCUACCAUACUAGCAUUGCCAGAGGCCAUCGUACUGCUUCAAGAAAUAAGCGUGGACCUGACUCUGUCCGACAAGAAAUCUAUCCGCCGUUGCGGAAACAUCACGUUUUCUGCAGUGCUUCAAGUCACAGCGGAGCAGAAGGCGGAACCUCCCCGUAGAGUCUACCGCUUGAAGAGCUCAGGGCUGGCGGUUAAUAUUUUCGCUGACACAGCGUCUGCAGUAGUGGAUGUGAUGAAUCAUCUGCAAGAUAAGAUCAAGGAUCUGGAUCUUUCAAAGGAGAAGAAGUAUUUGAAGAAACUGCGACAUACCAAGAGCAAACAUUCUCACAAGGGCGACACAAGCACCAAGGAAGUCGCAGAGACUGAUGCCCAGAGUGUCAGCUCCGGUGCGUUAUUUACCUCCACUUAUUCCCUCGAGCUUCUGGACAUUUACGUUAGCUGGAUCGUCGGCAAUUCCAUUGAGCCGUACCCUGAAACAGCAUCUGAAGACCUUGUUCUUUCGUUUAGAAGGGUCGAUCUUUCGACACGCAAAGAUGACGCGGCCCGUCUGACAAUCGAGGACAUGCAGUUACAAAUGGUUCCAGUUUCAGCAAGUAAGAAAGACCGGUCGGCAAACUCAGCUUUGCUUCCUGAGGUGGUUUUCAACGUAGCCUACAGCUCAACCAAAGACACCCGCAAGGUGGCUUUCCAUGCCGCUGGCAAAGCGCUCCAUCUCCUACUCGACUCGCGCUUCAUUCUUCCAGCAAAUGUCAUAGAGCGGUCGAUCGCGUUAGCCGGCAAAAAAUUCAGGGCUGCCUCAGCGAAUUGGAGUAUGACACCUACUACGGACGGCGCUCAGCGAAAGAAUCCAUUUGGAAACAAGCGACUGGCUUCUCUCUCCGUCGAUGCAAGCUUUGCAGGAGCUGUGGUGCACAUCAAUGGUAGUGAUUCAACGCACAACGCAAGCUCUACCGGCAAAGAGAGCAAAUCCCAACAGAAGGGCAGAUACAGUCAAUUCGUUGGCGAUUCCUCUAAGAGUAGCUUAGUGCUUCGCGCACCCGGUGUUGCACUCAAAGUCGAGAAUGAAGACGAUGGCCAAGAUCCGACACUCAAAGCAGAACUACGAGUCGAUGCCUCAAGCAACACAUUAUUCCCGACUGUUGUGCCUGUAAUCAUCGAGAUGUCGGAGAGCAUCAAAGAGGUUGUUCGAGAGAAAGAUGAAGAUUCUCCACUCUCACCGGCGGUGUCGAAGCCUCAGAAUGACCCGAAAGACACAAAGCCUGGUGCCAAACUACUAGAAGAGGACAAUCUCAUCACUGUCGAUCCUAGUACGAUCUUGGGUCGGAAGCGAUUGAACCUUGGUGUUCGUAUUUGCAAGCAGGAAUUCAGUCUCAGCUGCCAGCCCAUUGCUCGCGUUGCCGCAAUAGCUAAGCUAGAGGAUAUUUACAUCACCGUAAACAGUGUCAAGUCGCAAGAGUAUGGUCACUUUUUCGCUGCCUCUGCAGCCUUCGAAAAGCUCGAAGCAACUGUCCAGCAUGUCUACUCGAGGGAAUCAACUUUCGGGUUCAAUGUUGAUUCUAUUAUUCUGUCUAUGAUGAACAGCAAACAUCUCAGUGGUACGAGCGGUAUAUCAGCUAUCCUGAAGAUCAACCCCACAACGCUACAGAUCAAUGCUCGGCAACUUCAGGAUUUUUUGCUUUUCAGAGAAAUUUGGGUCCCACCGGAAAUCAGACGAUCUUCAAGCCCAGCGCCGACGACUACCAGUCAAGAACCACAAGAGUAUCUUAUGCAAAGGUAUCACCAGGUCACUGCAGCCACUGCAUUCCCUUGGAAUGCCAACGUUGCUAUUGCCGAUGUUUCGGUAGACCUCGACCUAGGACAGACAAUUGGAAAAUCAUCACUGCGCAUCCAGAAUCUGUGGGCAUCAUCCAGAAAAGGCAUCGACUGGGAACAAAACCUCUGCGUUGGUAUUGAGAAGGUCGGGAUCGAAAGCACUGGGCGCACGAAUGGCUUCGUCGAUCUCGCUGGCGUCAAGAUUCGCACAUCCAUCAGUUGGCCUUCGCAAGAUCUGGGAGUUCGACAAACACCCCUUAUACAAGCUUCAGUUGGAUUCCAACAGCUGCGGGUGAAGGCUGCGUUCGACUACCAGGCCUUUCUCAUCGCUGACAUAGCCAACUUCGAUUUCCUCAUGUACAAUGUCCGCGAGCACCAUCGAGGAGAUCGUGACCGCCUCGUCGCAAUCCUUGACGGCGACCACGUACACGUCCUUUGCACCGCGACUAGCGCAGCCCAAGGCCUAGCCCUCUGGCAAGCCAUCGAACGCCUUGUUCAGGAAAACCAGCAAGCGUACAAGCAGUCUCUAAAAGACAUCGAGAAGUUCCUACGCCGCAAAUCCUCUGUCGCGGUGCCCUACAACCGCUCCGCAUCCCAGAGCAUGAUCGCUCCCAAACCCGCCACCGACGCAUCUAAAACACCCAUUUCCCUCCACACAGAUGUUGUCGUUACUCUGAGGUCUAUCAGUCUAGGCAUCUUUCCAUCUACCUUCAUUGACACGCAGAUCCUCCACCUCGAAGCCGCCGACGCCCAAGCCCGUUUCGCCGUCGCCCUCGAAAAAGGAAAGAUCCACUCCACACUCGGCAUGACGCUUGGCCAGCUCUCCGUCGCUUUAUCCUCUGUCCAGGCGCCCAAGAAACAGAAGCCUGUCGGCGAGCUUACUGUCGAAGAUAUUGUGAGCAGUGCGAAAAGCGCAAAGGGCGGGACGAUCCUGCGCGUGCCGAAGGUCAUUGCUACGAUGCACACGUGGCAGGCGCCGAUGAGCAAUCACAUUGAUUACGUGUUUAAGAGUAGCCUGGAGGGCAAGGUGGAUGUGGGUUGGAAUUAUAGCCGUAUCAGUUACAUACGGACCAUGUGGGGGAACCACACGCGCACACUGGCUUCACGCUUGGGGAAACCGCUCCCGGAACCGAAUAUCAAGAUCACGUCUUCGCAAGCUCAGCCAGCGCCCUCCUCAAACACCACGGACCAGCCUUCCUCCUCCGCGACUGCACCACCCGCCCCAGACUCCAAAGAAGCCCAGGCCCAGGCCCAGGGUCAAGAGAAGAUCACAGCCGUCGUCAACGUCCCGCAGAGCAAGUACGAGUAUAAGGCGCUUGAGCCGCCGCUGAUCGAGACGCCGCAGCUGAGAGAUAUGGGCGAGGCGACGCCGCCUCUGGAGUGGAUUGGACUGCAUCGCGAUAGGCUGCCAAAUGUCACGCAUCAGAUUGUUAUUGUGACGUUGCUGGAGGUGGCGAGGGAGGUGGAGGAGGCGUAUGAGAGGAUUUUGGGGAGCUCUUGA